GGCUAUGACUCUCUUGUCUCUGUCCGUCUCUAACAUCUUUGAUCUACAUCAGAGCCUCAGGCCCAACUGCUUGUGCAUUGCUUGCAGGCUACAGCUUGUCAGACAGGCACACACCUCAACAGGUUUUUCACCCACUCAUGUACCUAAGUACACAUUCAGCCUUAGACAACAUACUUACAUGCACAUACCGAAUCUACUCAUAAGAAUGAGGAUACAUUGCACAGGAUGGUCAGCACAGGACAGUCUAUAAAAGGCGAUAGCGUUCAUGCAGACUGCGAAAUUGUGAGUAAUUUCAUACGUUUUAGAGGUUUGCCUCUAGCACAGAUUACAUUACUGCUGAAUUGUUAGUAACACGGUGCACAGUUUGAUAUGGCAUGCACACAGCAGGUUAGAGGAACUCGGGGGACUACAGAAGGGGCCGCUCUGUUUCUGGUCUGUUAUCUAUUAAAUUCAACUUGCAGCUGUUUUGAAGAAAGAAAAGGAGACAGAGAGGGGGAAAGGGCUACCGAGACGCAAUGUUUUUGACAAACAGAAAAACAAUGUCAAAGAGAGGAGAAAAGAGAUCGCCAUAGGUUAACUCAUCAGUGAACUGAGAAACAAGUGUUCUUGAAACCAAGAUGGCCAGCUUUGACAACAACAAGACCAACCCAACCAAUGUCAGUGCCUUCUACUGUCAAUUUAAUGAAGAUUUUAAAUAUAUUCUGCUUCCUGUCAGCUAUGCCCUGGUCUUUGUGAUGGGUCUGGGGCUGAACGCCACAGCGCUGUUUGUGAUUGUGUUCCGCACUAAGCGCUGGAAUCCCUCCACGAUCUACAUGUUCAACCUGACGAUGUGUGACACACUCUACAUCCUCACUCUGCCCUUCCUCAUCUAUUACUAUGCCGAUGAGAAUGACUGGCCCUUCAGUGAACCGUUCUGCAAGAUUAUACGCUUCCUGUUUUAUUCCAACUUAUAUGGGUCCAUUCUGUUCCUGUCCUGUAUCAGUCUGCAUCGGUUUGUUGGCAUCUGCUAUCCAGUCCGCUCCCUCAGCUGGGUCAGUGCUCGCCGGGCCAGGCUGGUUUCUGUGGCAGUGUGGUCCUGUGUUUUACUCUGCCAGGCACCUGUUCUCUACUUCUCAAGAACGAAGGAUGUGGCCACAGAGAGGAUUUGCUACGACACCACCAGCCCAGAGCACUUUGACGAUUUCCUGGUAUAUAGCUCAAUCGUGUCAGUGCUCAUGUUUGCCCUUCCCUUCAUGGUGGUGAUGGUGUGCUAUGGCCUCAUGGUGAGGAAGCUUCUUGAGCCUGGCUGGGGGUCUGAAGGGGGAGCUGAGGGUGAGAGAGGACGACUGUCAGCCCACCGUUCCAAGCAGAAGUCAGUGAAGAUGAUCAUCAUCGUGCUGGCAACGUUCAUGCUAUGUUUCCUGCCUUUCCACCUCACCAGGAGUCUUUACUACUCUUUUAGAUACCUAAGGCAGAUCAAUCCGGCACAGAUCAGCUGUAGUUUGCUAGAGGCCUCCAGUGUGGCCUACAAGGUGACCCGUCCAUUGGCCAGUGCCAACAGCUGUCUGGACCCCAUCCUUUACUUCCUGGCUGGGCAGGAAGCCCGCAGUAACAUCACCAAGUUCACCAUCACCAAGAAAGCUAAAAGUGUGACCAAAUCCUUGACAACAGAACUUUGAACCAAUCCUUAAAACGAUCUUGGUAAAAAGGCACAAGGUUGUGGGAGCAUUAGUGCCAGUUGUGUCCAGCAGAUGCAACAUCUGCUUCAAGAGUUCACUUUUAAAUGUUAAAUGUUCGCCAGUUGUGUGUUUGGAAAGCACAAAACUUCUGAGGGUUGGAGUCUCUCUUUGAAGAAGCGAAUGUGUUAAUAAGUAAGACUUAAACCUUACAUAUUUCGGUGACAGUAGUUUGUAGUCUUUAUUUAGAAAUUUCCAGUGCAAAAUCUACUGAAGGGCUGAGUUGUGUCAAGUACAGUCACUGCAUUCAGAUUUCCAUCAUUAACCAGUUCAAGUGCACAUACAGGUUUGACCAGAUGUAAGACUCACACUCAAACAAACCUUCAGUCAUACACAAUGGCUAAAUCAUGUAGAUUACUGACUUAAGGCAUUUAAAUGAUUUCUACAAAUCAAAAUAUUUUGUUAUGUUUGAAAAGCUAGAAUGUAUUGAAAGAAAUAAACUACACAGUGCUCUACAGCUUCAUCAGCUGCAACUGGACAAGCGUCUGAUGUUUGUAUGUUUUUAUUCUGACAAUCUGAUAGGAAGUUUUCAUCAGCUCACCUUCCUCUGAAUUUUAUGUCUUGUUUAGGCUUGUUUUGAAUGUCCUGGAGUUUGUGUGUGUGUCUGUGUGUCAAAUUGUGUCCCAAAAUGUGAAGGAAGUAAAAAUGAUGAUUCUGAAAAUAUAACAGUGAUGAUACUAUUUUCAUAUACCAUGCAUGAUUUUCUUAGUUUAAAUGCCAUAAUCUGUGUCAAGAAUUAGAUUCAUAAGGUAUAUUUCUUGCAUGAUGGCUGUCUGAAUGAAAGAAAGCCUGACUAUCAUUCUUCAAGACACUUCCUUAAGAAAGCAGGUGUAAUGUAGCUUUUGUUUAUCUUUAUUCUGUUUGUCAGGCCGGAUUAACCUGUUAGCAUGCUCCCGGGCAAAAGAUUGUUAUUGACUCCACAGUCAUUCUAGUAUCUUUUUGUCUUCUUGGUACGAUCUGCAGCUUUACUGUUUUGGCUCACGUUUACUGUUCACUCAUCACUGUCAUUCCACACACAGCAAGUAGCUGUUUUCAGCAUGCGGAGUUCCCCAAGGCUCCUUUCU